AUGGCCGGAGUUCGAGACAAUUGCCAUGAUAUCCACUGCUUUCCAAUUUAUCCCCGUGAAGAUGGGCAUAUCACAGAAAUUAACACAUUGAACAAAAAAAAAGCUCUUGGAUCUAGAGAACAAUUCUGCGCUGCAUUCUACCAUGUUCCACCAGGGUUUGAUAACUUUGAUAACAAGCAAGGAGAAACUCAUACUGGCUCCUGUCUUGAUAAAAAUUGCAAGUUCAACGGUAAUCCCAUGGACAUAGCAGUAGUUGCUUUUGUAAAAUUUGAAAACAAAUGCGACGAUCCUGUCUAUGAAGCAAGAUACACGAAAUGCUAUGUCAAUAAAUUACACGCCGAAAACUUCUUUGAGUGUGACAUCCGACAUGGAGUGUUGACAGAUAAGGUGGAAGAGAACCAUGAUGGAACAAUAACCCUUUAUCUCACAUACCAACCAUGCAACAAAUCGACAGAAGAUACAGAAUUAGAGACUAGACCCAACCAAAGUUGUUGUGAUAUACUGAAAAGAAUAUAUUUUGAUAUACUACAGCCCAAAGGCAUACGUUUGCGCAUCAAAAUAACUCACGAAUUUCGGUUAGGACGACAACAACAAGGAGGCGAUAAGGAACUACGACAAAAACGAACAACGCCGCCAAUAUUUAGAUAG